AUGGAUGCAGCCCUACGUAAGGUGAUCACGACGGUGCUACUCUUGACGGCUAUCUACGUUCUCUGCUGGACUCCGUAUUGGGUGUCGAUGUUUGCUCAUAACAUAUUCUCGAUGGAAAAGAGGAGCAUGAUCAUCGUUUCGUACUUCAUCCACCUCCUGCCGUACGUCAGCUGCGUCGCUUACCCACUCAUCUUCACUUUACUAAACAGAGGAAUUCGGUCGGCGCAUGCAAAAAUCGUCCAGGAACAACGCCGACGUUUCCGCAGCAUUACGGACGAGGCGAGCAGCCACGUUCGCAACGCAUUACGCAAUAUCCCGUCAAAAGCUACUUCCACGAUUCGAUCUCAUGUGUCAUCAUCCGUUUACGAAGAUCGCAAGACUGAUUUUGCGGGCAGAAGUCUCUCCGACGUGGUUCGACAAUCUCCACAACCAUAUGAGAGUCCAGAACCGAGUCGAGUAGACUCGACAGUGAAUUUCAAGGAAUCUGUUUCGUCCGUAGACAACAACGAUUCCGAGACGCUCUUAUAG